AUGGGUGACAGCACGAUUGGAUCGGUGAGCUUCCUGCAUCUCGGUGACAUUGUGUCCCUCUAUUCGGAAGGAAGCGUGUCUGGGUUUCUUAGUACCCUCGGCCUGGUCGAUGAUCGCGUGGUCGUGUGUCCCGGGGCAGGUGAUCUUAACGAUCCGCCGGAGAAGUUUCGCGACUGUCUCAUCAAAAUAUGUCCCAUGAAUCGUUACUCCGCCCAGAAGCAGUUCUGGAAGGCGGCCAAACAGAGCACAACAACGAACACCGACACGAGCUUGCUCAAGCGGUUGCACCAUGCCGCCGAAAUAGAGAAGAAACAAAAUGAGUCAGAAAACAAGAAGCUACUCGGCACGGUCGUCCAGUACGGCAGUGUCGUCCAGCUGCUGCAUCUCAAAUCGAACAAGUACGUCACGGUUAACAUCCGGUUGCCGGCACUGCUGGAGAAGAAUGCGAUGCGCGUGUACCUGGACGCGAACGGUAACGAGGGUUCCUGGUUCUACAUUAUGCCGUUCUACAAGCUACGGUCGGCCGGUGACAAUGUGGUGGUGAGUGAUAAGGUCAUCCUGAAGCCGGUGAAUGCUAACCGACAGAAUCUGCACGUGGCCGCCACCUACGAACUGCCGGACAACCCGGGCAGCAAGGAGGUGAACGUGCUGAACUCUUCCACCUCCUGGAAGAUAACGCUGUUCAUGGAGCAGCGCGAAAACCAGGAGGAUGUGUUGAAGGGUGGCGAUGUGGUGCGGUUGUUUCAUGCCGAGCAGGAAAAGUUCCUCACGAUGGACGAGUACAAGAAGCAGCAGCACGUGUUUUUGCGUACGACCGGUAGAAGUAGCGCGACUGCGGCCACCAGCAGUAAAGCCCUGUGGGAGGUGGAAGUGGUACAGCACGACAGUUGCCGCGGUGGAGCAGGCCAUUGGAAUUCACUGUUUCGGUUCAAACAUUUGGCCACGGGUUACUAUCUGGCGGCGGAAAUCGAUGAAGAUAUCUCGCGGACGGAAAAGUCCAGCAGCUCCAGCCAUCCGCAGGGUGGUGACUCGUUUCGCUUGGUGCCGGUACCACACUCGACCGAUAUUGCGUCUGUGUUUGAGCUCGACUCGACGACGAUUACCAGGCCGGAAGGGUUAGUGCCACAGUCGAGCUACGUACGGUUGCGGCAUCUCUGCUCCAACACCUGGGUACAUGCGACCUCCGUCCCGAUCGAUAUCGACGAUGAUAAACCGGUAAUGUCGAAGGUGGGCUGUUCGGCGAUCAAGGAAGAUAAGGAAGCGUUCCAGCUGAUCCCAGUGUCUCCGGUGGAGGUGCGUGAUCUAGACUUUGCCAACGAUGCCUGCAAGUUGCUAUUAGCGAUGAGCACUAAGCUCGAAAAUGGAACGAUAUCCUCCAACGAGCGACGAUCUUUGAUAGCACUCCUGCAGGACAUUGUAUUCUUCAUUGCGGGACAGGAGAACGAUCAGAACAAAUCGGACGCACUCGAUCUUACGAUCAACAAUCCGAACCGUGAUCGCCAGAAGCUGCUGCGCGAACAGUACAUCCUGAAGCAGCUGUUUAAGAUACUGCAGGGUCCGUUUCAGGAGACGAAAAACAACGAUGGCCCGUUCCUGAAGAUUGACGAGCUGGGCGAUCCGAAGAAUGCACCGUUCAAGAACAUCUUUCGACUGUGCUACCGGAUAUUAAAGCUCAGUCAACAGGACUACCGCAAAAAUCAGGAGUACAUCGCCAAACACUUUGGGCUGAUGCAGAAACAGAUCGGAUAUGACAUUCUGGCUGAGGACACUAUUACCGCCCUGCUGCACAAUAAUCGUAAACUGCUUGAAAAACACAUUACGGCCGCAGAGAUUGAAACGUUCGUGGGAUUGGUGCGCAAGAACAUGCAAAGCUGGCAAUCCCGAUUUCUGGACUAUCUGUCCGAUUUGUGUGUUUCGAACAAGAAAGCGAUUGCCGUAACGCAAGAGCUGAUCUGCAAGAGUGUACUGAGCACGAAGAAUGCCGAUAUUUUGAUUGAAACGUUCCUGCGAGAGGUGGAUGACGAUCCGCUCGGGUAUCUGAAUGAGCUCGAGCGCGGUAAUCGGGAAUUUACCGAAAUUCGGGAAGUGGAUGAAUCGAGCUCUGGGGUCCCGCCUGGUGAUGGCGACUUGAAAGGAACGUCUGCCCCAAACUGGAAGCGAAAGUUAGACGAAAAGAAGCGAUACGAGGUGGUACUGAUGUGGCAAAAUCGAACGCAAUCGAAAUCAAUGAGCCGACUUGCGCAGGGAUUGAAGAUCGGACGUACAGUCGAUACGGCCAUUCUCGACUAUUAUCGCCACCAGCUAAACCUGUUCUCCAACAUGUGCCUCAACCGGCAGUACCUUGCGUUGAACAAUCUCUCUCCACACCUCGACAUCGAUCUGAUAUUGCGCUGCAUGUCCGAUAAGACUGUGCCGUACGAUCUGCGUGCUUCGUUCUGUCGGCUGAUGCUACACCUUCACGUCGAUCGCGACCCACAGGAACCGGUAACACCGGUCAAGUACGCACGGCUCUGGUCCGAGAUACCGACCGUCAUGUCGAUUAAUGAUUACGACAUCGAAAAGCAACCGGACAGCAAUAAGGAAGCGGUACGGGCACGCUUCAACAAAACUAUCGCCUUCGUGGAGGACUAUCUGUGCAAUCAUGUCGUCUCGAAGAUGUGGUUCGCCGACCAGGACCAGAACAAGCUGACGUUCGAGGUGGUUAAGUUGGCCCGUGAUCUCAUCUAUUUCGGCUUUUAUAGCUUUAGCGAUUUGUUGCGCCUCACCAAAACGCUGCUGAACAUAUUGGACUGUGUUUCGAGCAGUGAAGCGGACGGGACGGGACUACCGACAGGGCAUAUUGAUUCGGAAGGAGGCGUAUUACGGCGCAUCGGUGAUAUGGGUGCCGUGAUGACAUCGCUUACCCUCGGUCCCAUCUCGACCGCCAUCGUAUCGCCCACUAUACAGCAUCGCAAAUCUGUCUCGCAGCUGAUGAAAGAAUACCCGCUGGUAAUGGACACGAAGCUGAAGAUAAUCGAAAUUCUACAGUUCAUUCUGGACGUUCGUCUGGACUAUCGGAUAAGCUGUUUGCUUUCGAUAUUCAAGCGCGAAUUUGAUGAAAAUGAGCAAACGGCAUCUACUGCUAAAGGGCAUGGUACGAUGUCCAGCGAGAGUACGUCCGUAACGGAAGGACACAGUAGUAGUAACACUUCCAAAACGGACAGUACCCUUCCACCAACUGCGGAGAAUAUAAAUUUGCGCCAGAAAAACAUUGACCUUGAAUCGAUCGGAUAUCAGGCGGAAGGUAUCUUUGGAUGUACCGAGGACACCUACAAUCCGCUCGAUCUGGACGGUCAAGGUGGGCGCACGUUCUUGCGCGUACUGUUACAUCUCAUCAUGCACGAAUAUCCGGCCCUAGUGUCCGGUGCGCUGCACCUACUUUUCCGACACUUUAGUCAACGUCAUGAGGUGCUGCACGCUUUCCGACAGGUGCAGCUGCUCGUAUCGGACAGUGAUGUAGAAUCGUACAAGCAGAUCAAAUCGGACCUGGACGUUUUGCGGCAAAGUGUGGAAAAGUCCGAACUGUGGGUGUACAAGUCGAAACAGACGGAUGAUUUACUUGCUGGCGGUGGAGAAGGUGAAUCGCAGCUUAACUUUGACCAGGGUCCCGAGUUGAAUCCGGAACAGUCGCUCGAGUACAAGAAGAUUCAACAGAUACUGAUACGGAUGAACAAGCUCUGCAUCACGGCGACCGGACCGGAUGGUUUCGUGAAGCCCCGGAAGCACGAACAACGUCUGCUACGAAACGUUGGAGUUCACACAGUUGUGCUGGAUUUGCUUCAAAUCCCGUACGACGAAAAGGAUGACUACCGCAUGAAUGAACUGAUGCGUCUGGCACACGAAUUCCUGCAGAAUUUCUGCUUGGGAAAUCAGCAAAAUCAGAUACUGCUGCACAAGCAGUUGGAUCUGUUCUUAAAUCCUGGGAUUCUCGAGGCGGAAACGGUGUGUGCCAUCUUCAAGGAUAAUCUAAACCUCUGCAAUGAGGUGAGCGAUAAGGUGGUGCAACACUUUGUGCACUGUAUCGAAAUACACGGCCGUCACGUGGAGUACCUGAAGUUCCUGCAGACGAUCAUCAAGGCGGAGAAUCAGUUCAUCCGCAAGUGUCAGGAUAUGGUAAUGCAGGAGCUUGUCAACGCCGGCGAGGAGGUGCUCGUUUUCUACAACGAUAAAGCUUCAUUUAACUACUUCGUUGAAUUGAUGCGAUCGUACAGCGCGGGUACGCUUGCCGACUCGAGCCCGCUCAUGUACCAUAUCGAGCUGGUAAAGCUGCUUGCCUGCUGUACGAUGGGAAAGAACGUGUACACGGAGAUUAAGUGCAACAGUUUGCUAGCGCUGGAUGACAUCGUAGCGAUGAUAUCGCACCCGGACUGUAUUCCGGAGGUGAAGGUAGCGUACGUGGACUUCCUGUGCCACUGUUACAUCGACACGGAGGUGGAAGUGAAGGAGAUCUAUUCCUCCAACCAUAUGUGGUGUCUGUUCGAGAAGUCGUUCCUGAUCGAUAUUAACAAUGUGGUGAAGGGUGGUUCAUUCACCAACCGGCAGCUGGAGAACUACGUCUGCAAUGAGGUGAUGAACAUUCUGACGACCUUCUUCAAUAGUCAGUUUUCGGACCAGAGCACGGCUUUGCAGAAACGGCAGCUUAUCUUCGUGAAGAUCCUGCAGAAUUCCUUCAAACUUACACAAUGCAAAGGGCUCACGCCGUCACAGCGUUUCAACGUGGAAAAUUGUAUACGUACAUUGUCGGAAAAAGCGAAACCGCGUGGUAUAGCGAUCCCGAUCGAUCUCGAGAAUCAGGUAGUGAAGAUGUUCAACAAGACGGCUAUGUUAUCGCGCCAAACCAGCAAAUGGUUGUUGGUGACAAAACAAACCAAAAUGGAACGAUCACAAUCACAAAUUAUGCGUAUGGAUCGUAGCAUUAUCGAGGGUCUGCAGGAUAUCGUUUCGCUGCUGGAAGACAAACUAAAACCGCUCGUCGAAGCCGAACAGUCCCUGCUGGUGGAUAUCCUCUAUCGCUCGGAGUUACUGUUCCCGCUCAACACGGAAUCUCGCAAAAAGUGUGAAACAGGUGAUUUCAUACGGCAUCUCAUAAAGCACACGGAGAAGCUACUCGAAGAGAAGGAGGAGAAGCUGUGCGUGAAGAUACUGAAAACGCUCAAAGAGAUGAUGACGAUCGACUGUGAUUAUGGUGAUAAAGGCGAUCAUCUGCGUACGAUACUGCUGAAGCGUUACUUUGGACACGAUUUUACGCUACAGGCACCGGUAGCAGCGCUUCCGGGAGCGGUAGGACCAGCCGUCUUACAACCGGUCAACGUAUCGGCCGUCGUCAGUAGCCCGUUGGCAAGCGUAUCACACGGCCCGGGAGCGAAGUAUCUCAUUCGGGCCGGACGCACAUUGCACGAGGUACAAAACCAUCUGGACAAGGAGGGAGCAAGUGAUCUGGUGAUUGAGCUGGUAAUAAAGUCCAUCAACUCGCCGUCGAUCUUCGUCGAAGCGAUCGAGCUGGGAAUUGCGCUGCUAGAGGGUGGUAACCCCAUCAUUCAGAAGGGAAUGUACAACAAGUUCCUGAGCAACGAUCUUAGCCAAUCGUUCUUUAAGGUGUUCUUCGACAAGAUGAAAGAUGCACAACAGGAAAUCAAGUCAACCGUAACGGUGAACACGUCCGAUAUGGCCGCGAAUAAGGCGAGUGAAAGCAAGGUGGAAGGAAAGGAUCUGGACAAGAUAGGCCAGCGGAAGAACGUGAACAAGGUAAAUGGGAUCGUCAUUACGGAAGAUUUUAAGGAGGAGCUUCAGAAUGCUGCCCUGAUGACGCAACAGUCGUACAUAAAUGCGCGCAAUCUUGCGGCUACCUCCGAUGGGACGGGUUCGGAUAAUGGGGAUGAAAAUUCAAUGAUGAGCAUCGGCAGUUCGGCACUGGAAGACAUCCUGGCGGAGAAGCUCGAGAAGCAUAAGGAUAAGGACGAGAACAAUAAACUUUCCAACAAAGUGCUUGUGAUGCAGCCAAUCUUGCGCUUUCUCCAGCUACUCUGCGAGAAUCACAAUCCCGAGCUACAGAAUUUGCUGCGCAAUCAGAACAACAAGACGAACUAUAACCUGGUGUCAGAGACGCUUAUGUUUCUGGAUUGUAUAUGCGGUUCGACGACCGGUGGACUGGGACUGCUUGGGCUUUAUAUCAACGAAAACAACGUGUCGCUGAUCAACCAGACGCUGGAAACGCUCACCGAGUACUGCCAGGGACCGUGUCACGACAAUCAGAACUGUAUUGCAACGCAUGAAUCGAACGGGUUGGACAUCAUAACCGCACUUAUCCUGAAUGACAUCAAUCCGCUCGGGAAGAAUCGAAUGGAUUUGGUGCUGGAGCUGAAAAACAAUGCAUCGAAGCUACUGCUGGCAAUCAUGGAGUCGCGUGGUGAUAGUGAGAAUGCGGAACGCAUCCUAGCGAACAUGAAUCCGAAGCAGCUGGUUGAAGUAGCCUGCCGAGCGUACCAUCAGGAUGAGAACAUACUGAUUGGCGCCAGUGAUGAUGGGUACGGGAGCUUACGGCACGAGCUCGGUGACGAUGGGCACGAUGAUGAUGAUGUCGGUGUAUCGCCGAAGGAAGUCGGUCACAACAUCUACAUCCUGUGCCAUCAGCUGGCACAGCAUAAUAAGGAGCUGGCGGGAUUGUUAAAGAUCGAUAGACCGCCCAGUAGUAGCAGCAGCAGUAGCGCUACGAGCAAAGCAAACAGCAAAACAAAUCAAGCACUGCUGUACUAUCAGACCCACACGGCACAGAUUGAAAUUGUUCGGCACGAUCGUACGCUGGAGCAGAUCGUGUUUCCGAUUCCGGAGAUCUGCGAGUACCUGACGAAGGAUACGAAGGUGCGUGUGCUGAACACGGCGGAACGGGACGAUCAGGGCAGUAAGGUGGCAGAUUUCUUCGAUCGACACGAGGCAAUGUUUAACGAGAUGAAGUGGCAGAAGAAGCUGCGCGGACAGCCGGCCCUGUUCUGGGUCAGUAGCUACAUGUCACUGUGGAGCAACAUUCUGUUCAAUCUGGCCGUGCUGAUCAACUUGAUUGUGGCGUUUUUCUAUCCCUUUGAGAAUGCACUUCCAGAAUUAAGCUUCCAUCUUUCGUCACUGAUCUGGAUGGUGAUGUUGGUGUCGUUAGCGAUCGUAAUUACACUGCCGCGCCAGUCGGGCAUUAGGACGUUCGUGGUGGCGUUGAUACUAAGGCUCAUCUUUUCCUGCGGUCCCGAACCGACACUCUGGCUGCUGGGUUGUAUUACCGUGAUCAUGAAGGGUGUGCACAUUAUCAGCCUCAUGGGCAACUAUGGUACGCUGGAGAAGCAUUUCGUGUCGAUCAUUACGGACGCGGAACUGCUGUACCACUUUUUCUAUCUGCUGUUCUGCGUGUUCGGUGUACUGUUACAUCCAUUUUUCUUCUCCAUUUUGCUGUUCGAUGUGGUUUAUCGGGAAGAAACGCUCCUCAAUGUAAUACGCUCCGUAACGCGCAACGGACGCUCGAUCAUAUUAACUGCCGUCCUGGCGCUCAUCCUCGUCUACAUGUUCUCCAUCAUUGGGUACAUGUUUUUCCGCGAUGAUUUCCUAGUGCCCGUCGAUGAAGAGUACGGUAUCACUUCAUCUUCCACCGAAGAAACCGACUGUAAUGGGGAACCGUCAACCGUCAGCCACAUGGUGCCACCGGACGUAGUGGAGCAAGUGGUUCAGCAAACUUGUUCCAAGCUUCCCACGUCCGGCAGCGACCUGGCCGAUUCGAAUGACGGCGGUGAAAUGAAGGAGCGCGGUUGCGAUUCGAUGAUCAUGUGCAUCAUCACGACGCUCAAUCAGGGCUUACGUAAUGGUGGCGGCAUCGGCGACAUAUUGCGCGCACCGAGCAGAAAGGAAACGCUGUUCGUGCCGCGUGUCGUCUACGAUUUGCUGUUCUUCUUCAUCGUCAUCAUUAUCGUGCUGAAUCUGAUCUUCGGUGUGAUCAUCGAUACGUUUGCCGAUCUGAGAAGCGAAAAGCAGCAGAAGGAGCUGAUACUGAAGAACACCUGCUUCGUCUGUGGGCUGAAUCGUUCCGCGUUCGAUAACAAGACGGUCAGCUUCGAGGAGCACAUUAAGAACGAGCACAACAUGUGGCACUAUCUGUACUUUAUCGUGCUGGUCAAGGUGAAGGAUCCGACCGAGUUUACCGGGCCGGAAAGUUACGUGCACGCCAUGGUAAAGGCAAACAUACAGGAUUGGUUCCCACGGUUGCGGGCGAUGUCGCUGGCAGCGGUUGACGGGGAUGGUGAGCAGAUAGAGCUGCGCAGCUUGAAGAAUCUGCUCGAAACGAACCACAUUGCGGUGCGAGAGCUGAUGACACAGAUAAUGGAGCUGGAGAAUAAGAUGACGGAACAGCGCAAACAGCGGCAAAGGCACGCCCUGCUCAACCCAACCACGUCCACCUCGUACCAGUUCUACCCGCAGCUCUGAUGCUCAUCGUCCGCGCUGCUCGGUGAUGAUGGCCGUCGGAAACUGAUGGCCUAA